UGUUUUGACGGGCAGCUCCUGUGGACCAAUGAAAGACGGCAGGCUGGUUCCUUGCGGUGACGUAGCGCUUAUCUUCUUUCCACCCCAUUCCUCUGGUUUCGGUGUCGUUAGGUUGCGAUUAUAUUGUUGUCUGUCUCCUCCGAGAAUCACGAUACCGGAGGAUUUACACCCCUGUAGUCAUACCGAGCACAGGACGGAGGAAAAACGGAGCUGGUGCUGGUGGCGCGGGAGAGCUGCAACCCUCCUGACCCUCUCUCCUCUCCCGCCUAGCCGGGGCCACCGCCGCCGCUAAUAGACAAGUUUACCACGACAUUGUGACGGACGGUGCGUACAUCUAUAAGCAACAUGGACUGGCUGUGACAACACGCCUUGUGUGCAGGCAGCUAGGAUGAGUUCCAGCCGAGCCAGCCUCCACAGGGAACCACUGAAAUUCCACUCGCAUCAACAUGUCAAGCGGGCUUCUGGAAUGCAUUUAAAGCCAUAUCACAAGAUACAGAAAAAAGAAUCUCUUCUGGAACCAAGAUCAAACAAAGGCAUGCAACUGAACAACCAAAGCUCUGCAAAAGAAGAAAAGUGUAAUGUCGCCACCAAGAAUUGUUUACCCUGUAUGGACAAUCCACCCCGCAGGCCACUGGGCACUCUGUCUCAAAACACCAUGUGCAAUACAGCAGGAAUGAGCACGUCCAGCAGCAGCUUUGAGGUUAAAGUGAAGAAUGUUCCACCUGCAAUAAUCCAUCAGGGUGAGGAGGAAGAGGGCCCUGUGGAUAGCUGUGCACUCAUCAAGCCUGGAAACACCAAGGAGAAGGUUGCCUUUUUUGCCUCUCAUCACUGCAGCAAUAGGAACAACUCAAUGAAGAUUAAAAACACUGGGGAUAUGAGCGGGAGAGCUGCUAAAAGACGAAAGAAAUCUGUGGAUUUAAAACGCGUAAAGAACAAUCUGGAGAAGAUGCAGGAAGCACAGAAAAAGUGCCUCCUAUCGGAGUCUUUCCCAAGUGGAGUUGAAAACUGCUCACUCAAUUUUGUCACCGAAAGUGAUGGAAUUCUUCCUGGAAGACCCCUUUCUGUGAUAGAGAUGGUAGCUUUUCUGGAGCAAAGAGCAAGUGCGUUACUUUCUGAUUGUGCUAAACCCUUUUCCAAUUCCCAUGCUUCAAAACCUACUGGAACGUCUAAAUGUGCCCUUCCACCUGUAUCCUUGAUGGCACUUGGAGCCAGCGAAAACCCUUCUGAGAGAGACAAUUCAGAGAAGGCAGAACUGGAGUCUGUGUGUGUCUUGGAGAUGGUCGCUAAACUGGAGUCUGAAUGUUUGAGGCACCAGAAUGAUCGGGAUUCAGGAGCACUCUCCAGGAACAACAGCUUUAGGAGAAAUGUUGGCCGCAUGCUGCUCGCCAGCAGCUCACAGCAAGGAGCCGGCCGUCCUCAUGAGGACUCGUCCAAUCCUGAAGAACACUCUGCUGCUUCUGCAGAGAAAAAUGUCUCGCAAAAUGAGGAAGACCUUUCUUCUGUGAAAUCAUGGGAAAACUGUGCUCCACCUAAGCCUCAAGAUUCUGAGUCUUUGCCACCAAUGGAAGACUUUUUUGUGGCUAACGUAGACCUUGAACUUGUGAGGGAGACUUAUCUGAAAAUGAGGUGUAGGGGGGAUAUUGCGAUAACUGUGGAUCCUUGUAAAUUAUCUAUUUCUGUCUGUAUAAAAGCUGUUGAAUGUGUCCCUGAUUCUUUUGAGAGUCAGACUGUGAAUGAUGGUGCAGCUGAUGUAAAGGUGGAGAGUUCAGAUAGGAUCCCUGAUCCCUCCCAUAAGACUGUCGAUGUAUUUAUGCACACAGAGGAUAUAGGACACACACAGGACAAAGCUUUAUCAGGUGACCCUUCACCGGGGGUCUUGUUUUUUCAAAGUGAUCAAAGCGAUGCAAAACAUGCACAUGUACGGAUCAGCCCUGAAGUAAAGUCCCAGGCAGACGACACAGAGAAGCACGCCUUUGACAAUGCUCUGUGUAUUCAGAAUAGCUCUAUGAUUGCACAAUACGCUGUCGCUAUCUCUUCACUUGGAAACGUAACUCAGGUACUUGACGCCUCCUCCAUAAAGAGGCAGGUGUCUCACGAUUUUCUUGAGACCAGAUUUAAGAUUAAACAGCUCUUGGAGCCUCAGCAGUACAUGGCGUUCCUACCCCAUCACAUCCUGGUGAAGAUCUUCAAGUAUCUGCCCACCCGUUCCCUCGCUGCCCUAAAAUGCACUUCCUGCUAUUUCAAAUUCGUCAUCGAACAUUAUGACAUUCGGCCUUGCGACUCGCUGUGGGUCCGGGAUCCGCGCUACAAAGACGACCCUUGCAAGCAGUGCAAGAAAAAAUACGCAAGAGGCGACGUGUCUUUAUGCCUGUGGCAUCCCAAACCUUACUGCCAAGCUUUACCCUACGGCCCGGGUUUUUGGAUGUGCUGCCACAUGUCUCAAAAAGAGAGCCGUGGCUGUAAGGUGGGGCUGCACGACAAUCGCUGGGUGCCCGCUUUCCACAGCUUUAACCGAACAGUUUGCAAGAAAUCUAAAGAGUCAGAGUUCGAAGACGACUAACAAUGCGGACAGGAAUUGUACUGGUCCCCAAGAUAAAGAUUUUCCAUGCCCCAUGCUGUUUACAUUGUACAUAAUCAUGAGGUUUUUCUUUCAUGGGGUUGUGAAACUGCACAUUCUUUAACACAAGAGCCUUUACUUUUUCAUUUCUGCAACUGGAUAUUUAGCCCUUUUAUGUAAAUAUCGCCGAAUAGAUGUACAUAUAAAAUCUAUUGCUAGCUGAUGCCACCUAAUCUUUACAAUGCAGCUAUGGAAGUUGUUGUGGCUAUAGGUGUGCGUAUGUACGGAUGAAGUGUUUUUGCGUGGAUGUGCGUGCCAUUUUGUUUGUUUGUUUGUUUUUUCCUUUUUAAGUGUCUUGUUAAAUCUGUAUAUCCUGUACGACGUUUCUUAAAAGGAAACUCUAAAAUAUAUAGGGCUUGAAGCAUUUAAAGUGUUUAUCAUUGGUUUAACUGGAGAGAGUUGUACUCGGAACUGGCACAAGUGUCUGAAAUACUGUGACAAGUGAGGUGACUAUUGUAUAGUGGCAAACUAUAUGAGGAGGAUAUUGUCUGGCUUUACUUCAAUAAAAAUGUGCAUCCUGAAUCUUGCUGAAUGCAUUGGCCUUGGAGUUUGUUUCCUA